GGCUGAUAAAUAAACUCCAACACAGGUAUUGAACAACCUGUUCACUUUGAGCUUUGCUAUAAUUGACAUUCCAAUUAGCUUGAAUCCAUUGUCUUUGUUAUAAUUGACGUAACCGUAUCUGUGUUUUUGUUUUCUUUCCUGAAUUGCCUUACCUCUCCUGUUGAUUUGUUUUCGUGAUACAAGCCCAUACAUACCUUGAGCUCUUCAUACUUAAUUUACCUUUAAACUCACAAUGCAGCCCACGAUAUCGGAUGAGUAUAUUUUGGAGGUUGUGGAGAAUUCCACGUCGGCAUCCAAUAAAAUGAUUGUUAAAGAAUACAACAAGAUUGGUGAAGGUGCCUUCGGUACCGUGGUGGAAGCGGUAUUAAAAUAUCAUUACAAUCAAGGAAAUGGCACUGGCGACAAUGUUAAUGCCAUCCAUGAAGAUUGGAUUGGACCCUUUGCCAUCAAGAGAGUUCCCGCUCAAACCGAGUAUAAGAGCAGAGAAUUAGAGAUCUUAAGAGCCGUGAAUCAUCCUAAUAUUAUUGCAUUGAAAUACUUUUUUGAACGUAAGAGUUCAAGAGAUGGUGUCAUCUACCAGAACUUGGUGAUGGAGUGUUUACCUUCCAACUUACAGAAUGAAAUCAAAUUUUACAGACAGUCAAAGUACACUAUACCCUAUCCUCAUAUGAAGGCAUACACAUUUCAAUUGGCUAGAGCCAUGUUAUAUUUACAUGGGUUUGGGAUAAGCCAUAGAGACAUAAAACCUUCCAACAUCUUGGUGGACCCAUCCAAGGUACAGUUAAAGAUCUGUGAUUUUGGAAGUGCCAAAAAAUUGGAACCCAAUCAACCAUCAGUCAGCUAUAUUUGUUCGAGGUACUAUAGAGCCCCUGAAUUAAUUAUUGGAUGUCAAGUUUAUACUACCAAGAUUGAUAUCUGGGGAUUGGGGUGUGUGAUUGCCGAGAUGUUUUUGGGCAAGCCGGUGUUCCAAGGGAAAUCACCGGAGCUCCAAUUGAAAGAGAUUUCUAAGUUAUUAGGACCUCCCACCAAUUCAUUCUUUUUUAAAAGUAACCCUCAUUAUAGAGGUUCCAUGUUUCAAACCAAGCUUUUUUCUGGAACUGUGAAGGAAAGAUUUGAACAGAUAUUUUCUAAUUCUCCACCUGAUGCCAUAGACUUAUUAUUAAAGAUCUUGGUCUACGAACCAGACUCUAGAGCUUCUCCUGCAGAUGUUUUGAACCACCCCUUUUUCCAUGAAUUGAAACGUAAGUCUUUUCAUGUAUAUCCCAGGGGAUCCAACAAUUCAAUCAGUUUGAACCUAUUCAACUUCAGUAACUACGAAUUGGAAUUAUUGGGUCCUUUAAAAGAUGAGUUAUUGAAUUCGGAUGAUUAAAAUUUAAUACGUUUGCAUCUAAGGUUAGAUAUCCUGUUCAAUUUCUUUAGUUCACUUCUGUAUAUUAAUUUUUGUCGAAUUCUUCUUUAUACCUAAUAUAAAAUGUGACAUUCAAUUGCUUAUAAUGCUAAACUGUAGCUAUAUUCAUCUUCGAUAUUCUGCGAUAACCACAAAAUAAUGCAACUGAACAUCACACAAGAGUUACAUACAAUGUUGGAGACACCCAUGCCCAAAGUAGGAAAUCCCACUUUCUUCAUCAAGAACUUCAAUAUGAAAACCAUGAAGGAUCCUGCUAAUCCGCCAGCUAAUAAGGAGAAUCCUAAAAAUAAAAUAACCCGUGCAGCCCAAGCAUUUCCUGAGCCAGUGGAUAAAAAUGAGGAACUAUUCGGAUCAUUCAACAAGUUAGACUUUUCUAUCGAGUUGACAAUCAUCAUUCCGAUGGUUGAACAGAUGAAUGGGAUCCAAUCAACAAAUGUAAUGUGGAUGGUCGAGGCAUUCACGGUUUUGGAAUACACCGAUGCAUCAAUCAUCGACCAAAACCCAACAGCAAACAAGAUCCCAGCCAAGUACACACCAAAGGAUCUCAAUUUUUGGGACUUUGGAAACUUCAAUUGGGCGAGAUUGAAUCUGAAUAAAUUGUUACGGCUAUCCAUUAGUGAAUGUCAAUGUUU